AGACUGCAGGGUUACCGCGCCCAUCUCCGUCUGAUGGCCGGAUGAGAGGUGAACUGAGCUGGAGAGAAGUGCUCCUUCAAGGAAGGCAACGGGAAGUGGCCACCGACGGACUUAUUAGUUGACCAAAGUCUGCAACCGGACAUUUAUGACUGCAGUUUUUCAUCGCAGUUGAGAUCCCCCUCAAACAGGCUCAUUUCCCGCCCGCUGGAGCGAGUUUUGUCGCUGUGGAAGUGGACUCGGUACUUCUCCCGCUGCUAGUUAGCGAGCUAGCUCGUCUUGUUCGUUGAUGCGUGGAUUUGACAGCCACACUAUCGUUUUUUUCGGUCAAUGCCAUAUAAACAAAGGCCAUUUACGACUGAGAACAGAUCCGAACGUGUCCCGACAGUAGGAGUGAGGCAGAGCUUUAGAAGAGGAAAAUGAGUGAACUGGACCAGUUACGCCAGGAGGCCGAGCAGCUGAAGAACCAGAUCAGAGAUGCAAGGAAAGCUUGUGCAGAUGCCACACUAUCACAGAUCACAGCCAACAUCGACCCUGUUGGCCGAAUCCAGAUGCGCACAAGAAGAACACUGCGAGGACAUUUGGCUAAAAUCUACGCCAUGCACUGGGGCACCGAUUCCAGGCUGCUCGUCAGUGCCUCCCAGGAUGGAAAACUCAUUAUUUGGGACAGUUAUACCACAAAUAAGGUCCACGCCAUUCCUCUGCGCUCCUCCUGGGUGAUGACCUGUGCCUACGCUCCUUCAGGGAAUUACGUUGCUUGUGGAGGUCUAGACAACAUCUGCUCCAUCUACAGCCUCAAGACUCGCGAGGGGAACGUGCGCGUCAGCCGUGAGCUGGCCGGACACACAGGAUACCUCUCUUGCUGCCGCUUCGUUGAUGACAACCAGAUUGUUACAAGUUCUGGCGACACCACCUGUGCUCUCUGGGACAUAGAGACCGGUCAGCAGACGACCACGUUGUUGUACAAGCGAAACUUUAAGUUCAUCACCAUUGCAAAAACUCUGUUUGGCAUCCCAUAA